CGGCGGCUUGUGUCUUGAGGUCGUUGGGAAUGGGCGGGCGGACAGGCAUCGCCUUCUUCCAGCCGUUGCUUUCCCAAGCUCCUCUCUCCAAAUCCCUCCCGCACCCACUGCACAAACCUCUUCCCCUCCCCUCCCGCCUCCGGGCUAUUCUUCUGCGCUCAGUCGCCGACCGAUUCUUUUCGGCAGGGAUGCCGCGGCUGGCGGGAUUUUAGGGAAAUAAAUUGUGCAUUCCUCUUCAAAAAUUAUUUGCUCACCGCUCCUGUUUACCUUGAAAGAUCAUCCUUUGGUUUGACCUGCCAUUCUCCCUCACCAUGCAAGGCUUUAUGAGGGAUGGUGUUUGUACAAAUGAAAUGCCGUGCAACUUGAUUUCUUCAGAUGUUAAAGAAAAUUUGUCCACACCAAUGUCAUCGAGAAUUCCAAGCAUGGACAGUUCUAUGAAUGAGGCUAUGGAAUUCCAAACUGAUGGUGUUAGGGAGCCUUCAAUUGAGAAGCUAUUUGAUAAUGUAUGUGAAUUGGAAGGCUCUUAUGAUGGAUCAGUGUCAUGGCAGAGCUAUGGAUCAGAUAGUGAAGAGUCGAGGAUUGACUCAGAGUUGUGUCAUCUUGUAGGUGGUCAAGCUAUUCAAGCAAUUGAAGCUCAAGAAGAUAGAAAUAUAACCAAUGUAGUAGCCCAAGCGAAAAAAAGGCCAACUGAAAAGAAACUUGUGAGCAAUUUAAAAUCCCUGUCCACCAAUACAUCUUCUGGAUCAUCAAAGAAGCUCAAAAGACCACCUCAGUUGCGACACAACCCCGAUAAAUACUUGAAAUCCCUCACAAAGGAGAAAAGAUCACCACAGAAUGAUGGCAAAACUGUUGCAAAAAGUGUCUUAGGAUCACCACAGAAAGAUGAUAAAACUAUAACAAAGGGUGGCUUAAAAUCUCCACAGAAGGAUGAUAAAAUUGCAGAAAAGAACGGCUUAAGGUCACUACAGAAGGACGAUAAGACUGUGGCAAACAGAGGUUAUGUAGUUGGGCAUAUGAAAAAACAAAAUAAGCAUCCUACAAAAGAGGCAAAUUCAUAUAAUGGGUCUGAUGAUCUAUCUGAAGGAGGGCUAGAUAACCCUGACCUUGGGCCUUUCCUUCUUAAGCAUGCCAAGGAUUUGAUUGCUUCAAACAAUCAAGAAAAAGCUCUGAAAUAUGCUCUUCGUGCAGCCAAGUCAUUUGAGAAAUGUACUGGUGUGAAACCGAGCUUAGACUUGGUCAUGAGCUUGCAUGUUGCAGCAGCAAUCUAUUGCAACUUGGGACAGUUUUCUGAGGCUGUUCCUGUUCUUCAACAAUCUGUCAAGAUUCCAGUUCCUGAAGAGAGUCAAGAACAUGCUCUUGCCAAAUUUUCUGGUUAUAUGCAGCUGGGUGACACUUAUGCCAUGUUGGGGCUCCUAGAGAGUUCGAUAUACUGCUACGAGGAAGCAUUAGAAAUCCAAAGGCAGGCCUUGGGUGAUAUGGAUCCUCAAGUUGGGGAAACUUGUCGCUACUUAGCUGAAGCUCAUGUCCAAGCACUGCAAUUUGAACAGGCUGAGAAGUUGUGCCAAAAGGCUCUUGACAUCCAUAAAGCGAAUGGGGAAACCACAUCUGUAGAAGAGGCAGCAGAUAGGAGACUCAUGGGCCUCAUUUGUGAUACCAAGGGGGACCACGAAGCAGCUUUGGAGCAUUUAGUCUUUGCUAGCAUGGGUUUGGUGUCCAAUGGUCAGGAAACUGAAGUGGCUUCAGUUGAUAUCAGCAUAGGUGACAUCUAUCUCUCAUUGGCACGAUAUGACGAAGCUGUGUUUGCAUACAGGAAAGCACUCACUGCAUUCAAGGCAUCCAAAGGGGAGAACCAUCCUGCUGUUGCUUCUGUCUUUGUACGUCUUGCUGAUUUGUAUAAUAGGAUAGGAAAGUUCAGGGAAUCAAAAUGCUACUGUGAAAGUGCUCUCCGAAUAUAUAAUAAGCCAAUUCCUGGUUCAUCGUCGGAGGAAAUUGCCACUGGAUUGACGAAUGUCUCAUCAAUAUUUGAGUCAAUGAAUGAAAAUGAACAGGCACUUAAAUUACUACAGAAGGCCAUGAAGAUGUAUAAGAAUUCUCCAGGUCAACAAAGCACCAUUGCUGGAAUUGAAGCACAGAUAGGGGUUCUGCACUACAUUAUAGGGAACUAUGAGGAGUCUUGCCUUUCAUUGGAGAAUGCUAUCACCAAGCUACGGGUAUGUGGAGAGAAUAAGUCUGCUUUUGUUGGAGUUGUUUUGAAUCAGAUGGGCCUUGCUUGUAUUCAGAGGUUUGCAAUUAGUGAAGCAGCAAAAUUUUUUGAUGAAGCCAAGAGCAUUCUUGAACAAGAGUGCGGUCCAUACCAUCUAGACACAUUAGGAGUAUACAGCAAUCUAGCAGGAACAUAUGAUGCUAUGGGAAGGUAUGAUGAAGCCAUUGAGAUUCUCGAGUAUGUUGUCGGGUUGAGGGAGGAAAAGCUUGGAACGGCCAGCCCAGACGUAAGUGAUGAGAAGAGGAGGUUGGCUGAGCUGCUGAAGGAGAACGGCCGAGUGAGGAACCGAAAAUCAAGGUCCUUGGAAACACUGUUCGACAAGAAUGCUCUUGGUAAAAAGAAAGCAGUUGCUUCUGCAGUAUGAAACAACUUUUUGAAACCUCUUUAGAAUGCAUGUAAUGUGCAUUUGCUGGAUUGUUGGUUUUCCUUGUGCUUAAGAAAAAUACGUUGAAUAUUGUGUACAUUUGUAAUUAUAGAGAGUGUACAGAUUGUUUUCCAAUUGUUGAGGGGAAACAGUGGAACUCCACGCGUCCUUAUGAACUGCCUUAUUUUGGAUUUUA